AAAAAAAAGGGAAUUUGCCUGCCUUAGCAUGCAUGAAUAUCCACACAUGCACAGAAUGGCAGCAAGAAAGGGCGACGCGGAUAUUAAUAAUAUUCUUAGCAGCGAAGAGGAGCUCGAGGAGGCUUUGUGUGUGCUGGCUGGGAGCGACCCAGAAAACUGCUCUUACUCCAAGGGUUAUGUGAAGAGACAGGCGGUGUUUGCCUGCAACACCUGCACUCCCAGUGAUGCAGAGCCUGCUGGGGUUUGUCUGGCCUGUGUGAAUAAAUGCCACGAUGGACAUGAUAUAUUUGAACUGUAUACCAAAAGAAAUUUUCGCUGUGAUUGUGGAAAUAGAAAGUUUGGGGGUUUCCAGUGCCAGCUAAAUCCUGGCAAAGCUGAGGAAAAUCUUAGAAAUCUCUACAGUCACAACUUCAGGGGCAUCUACUGCACGUGUGGCCGUCCGUACCCAGACGCAGAUGACCAGGAUGACAACGAGAUGAUUCAGUGCGUCGUCUGUGAGGAUUGGUUUCACAGCAGGCACUUGGGCUGCCCCGUGGCUGAACCCGAGGAGCUUCAAGAGAUGGUGUGUGAGGCCUGCAUGAACAAGGCUCCUUUCUUGUGGACAUAUGCUGCUCACAUUGCAGUGCCGCCUGUGAUCCAUGUCAGUGAUCCUGAAGAGGAGGUACAGGUCGACGUUGAGGGGGAAGACAAUGAGGAUUGUCACAGAAGGGGUGAGGAACCAUCCUUCAGUAAAGUGCCCACAGAGCCAGAGGAAGCUGUAAACAGGAGUUCCCCUGGCAAACGAACCCAUGAGGAAAUGACGGGCAGCCCUGCGAAAGGUACAACAAAAAUUGUGGCGUGUAAACUGAAGGAGCUGCAGGCCCGGGGGCUUGAGAGGCUGAGACAGGGAGCAGUGUUCUGGCCUUACAGCUGGCGCGCUGAGCUCUGCACCUGCACAAGCUGCAAGAGGGCCUAUGUUGCUGCUGGGGUGCAGUUUCUCUUGGACCAGUCUGAUACUAUUCUGGCAUAUGAGAAGAGAGGCUUGGAAGAGCCUUUUGGGCAGCACCCCCUGAUGGCAUUGAUAAACUCGAUGGACCACGUACAGCAGCUGGAGGUCAUUUACGGUUUCAACGAGCUGACGACCUCAAUCAGUGAAUUUUUAUACCAGUGUGCCUCUGAAGGAAAGACAGUCACAGUUGAAGCUGUACAUCAAUUCUUUGAGGAGCUGAAGGCCAGAAAAAGACGCAGAACCAGUGAUGGAAAUCAGUGACGAGGAGUCAGCUCAGCUGCCACCGUACGCCACGUUCGUGAGCUGCCUGGAAUGAAUCUGUCACGUAGAGGGUGACACCUCUCUCUUGAAUAAACCGUUGUGCUGCAAUCAGUGUGAUCUUUGAAGUUUAUGCUGUGAAGAAUUGACGUUUGAGUUUUGUGUCUAGUUUUUUUUUUUUUUUUUUAAAUACUGCACACUGGUGGUAUCAUCAUCAUAGGUAUUGCACACUGGUACAUUUAUAAGAGUUCAUGUUAAAUGAAUAUGAUAGUUCUGCUACAUUGGAUGCCAUUGCUCUUAUAUUACUAAGACAAAUAUGUCUGUAAAUGUUGUGAAGAAUCACUGUGAUGUAAA